CUGCCGGCCGGGCGGGUGCGGGGCUUCGUGGGGGCGGGCUUGGUUCCGAAAGCCUCUCUCGGGCAGCGGCGGGGCUCGGGGCUGAGCGCGGCGGCAGGGCCGCCUCCCCGGGCCCCCUGGCUCCGCCAUGUUCCGCCGGGCGCGCCUGAGCGUGAAGCCGAAUGUCAGGCCUAGUGUGGGCGCUAGAGGCUCGGGCGCCGCCGCCCCGCAGCGUGGACCCGACGCAGCUCGGCCCCCGGAGCCCGCCGCGCCCGCUGCUGCCCCGCGGCCCGCCGAGCCCGCGGAGGAGGCGCCGGCCGAUUUCGGGGGAGCGGAGCCCCCGGAGAAGGCUCCCAGGAGCGGUGAUGAAAAGACCGAUGGUGAGAAUGAUGUUGUUGAAGAAUCCAGUAAAUCUUCCUCUAUUGUUUCACAGAGAAGAAAGCGAAUAUCAAGUACUUCUAGUGUGGUUAAGCCUAAUGUCAGUGUUCCUUCAGAACCUGAGCCCUUGUCUGCAGUUAACUCAGAAGUUCCUACACCAAGCCCUGUUCCAACAGCAGAGAAACAGCCAUGCUCAGAUAGAUAUCGGAUAUAUAAAGCCCGGAAACUGAGAGAAAUGUUAAAAGAAGAACUGAGAAAGGAGAAGAAACAGUGGAAAAACAAGUAUGCCACAAAUGAAAGUCAGAGGCCUCCAGAUCGUUCAAAAAUGACCAUGAGAGACUUCAUAUAUUAUCUGCCAGAUAACAAUCCAAUGACUUCUUCACUGGAGCAAGAAAAGAGAACGGAAAAAUCCUUGACAACAGUCCAGAGCAAAGAGCAAGAAAAUAAGAAUCCUCCUGAUACUGAAGAUAAUGAAGACAUAGAAGAAGAGGCAGAUGAUGGGCCAUUGCUUGUUCCUCGAGUGAAGGUGGCAGAAGAUGGUUCUAUUAUUUUGGAUGAAGAAAGUUUAACUGUAGAAGUGUUAAGGACAAAAGGGCCCUGUGUUGUUGAAGAAAAUGACCCCAUAUUUGAGCGUGGCUCUACAACUACGUAUUCCAGCUUUAGGAAAAACUAUUAUUCCAAACCGUGGUCAAAUAAAGAAACCGACAUGUUCUUUUUAGCCAUCAGCAUGGUAGGAACUGACUUUUCUAUGAUCGGACAGCUUUUUCCUCACAGAGCAAGAAUAGAAAUUAAGAAUAAAUUUAAGCGUGAAGAGAAAACCAACGGAUGGAGGAUUGACAAAGCAUUUCAGGAAAAGCGUCCUUUUGACUUCGAUUUUUUUGCUCAUUUGCUUCAGAAAGUUCUUGCUGAAGAAGAGAAAAGAAAACAAAAGUCUGUAAAAAGUCAGCCUUUAAAGGAGAAGAAAUCUUCUAAACCACAGAAAAAUGUCAAAGUGAAGAAAGUUACCAGUGAAGGAGUCAGUGAUGAUCUUGAUGAGUCUGUGGGCAAUAAAGUUUCAGACACAGAAGGACUUCAGAAAGAUGCUCAGACAAUUGAAGAACAGUCUUCAGCUUCAUCGGAGCAGGAUUUGGAACAGGGUGCACCAGAGGCAGACCUAAAUCAAAACAAAAGGAGAAAGAAGAAUCAGGAGGAAAGUGGCAAACAGGCAGUCAAAAAUCAUUCAGAAAAUACCACUGCUCAGCCAGCGCCAUCUGAAGAAGAGAAACAGAAUGAUAAAUGUCAGCCUUUAAGGCCUGAGAUAAAUGAAGAUGAUGGCAAUAAGGAACAGGUGCUUUUCUGCAUUCAGAACUCAGAAGACAUCAGUUUCUCCUCUGAAAAAGUGGAGAAAAGAACUGAUCCUAUUCUGUCUUUAAGUCAGCAGGAUGCUAUGUCAGUCAGAGGCGAGACCUUGGAAUCACAUGCUGCAAAUUCCCCUCCAUCAGAUGUCAAUGUGGAAGACUUGUGUGAGCUCAAUGUUGCUGAGGGUAGUUCUACAGAAGAAAGAACUGUGGUCGUGGAAAGUAAAACACUGGAAGCUGAUCAAGAGGAAAAUCUUAAACCCAAGGUGAGAGGACGACUCCAGAGACCUAAACCCAAUUUAUCAAGGGCAGUUGGGAAGAAACCAGUUCUUACACAAAGCAAAACACUUGAAGAGAGCAAGAGUUUACAUCCAGAAACUUCCGUUGAAAAGAGUAACAUGGAAAAGGAUGAAGUGAAUACAGUUGACAUUUCUGGAAUGGAGAAUACAGAGGUAAAGAAUGCAGAUGUUGAGACUGUACUGAAUUCGAGUGAAAAAAAUUGUCCACAGGAAGAUGACGAACCAAAGGUUUUCAGACCUGCACGACCACUAAGGGGACGAUUGCAGAGGCCGAAGCCAAAUUUAAGUAAAGCUGCUGAAAGAAAAGAGACUCCAGCAUCACAGGAUAAAAAUGGGGCUGAAAAUGUAGAAAAGAGUGAAAUUCAACCCUGUGUUGAUAGAAAUACUCCCAAGCAAGUAGAAGACCAGUCAUGUAAAAAUUUUGAAUGUGAAAAUGUCAUGUCACAACCUGAGAAAAAUGAUCCUUCUCAGAAUAUACAGUUAGAUGAUCAUGAGGCUCCUAAUGAAUGUCUGAGUAAUAUUCAAGAGGAUAGUACAUCAAAUGUAUUCAAACAAGUUCCAGUUCUAAAGACUCGAUUUCAGAAACCAAAGCCAAAUAUAGGAAGAGGAACUAGAAAAAGAGAAAUGUUCUCUAAGGAGGAGGUAGCAGAGGAGAUUCUUUCCUCUGAGAAAAUGACAGCAGCUUUGAGAGAAAUUGCAAGACUGGAAAUCUCACCAAGGGAGGAGGUACCCGUAGAGGUUGAUACUACUCAAGAAAUAAAUUCUUCUUUAAAAGAAUCUGAAAGAAGAGAUAUAUCUCCCAAGGAAAAGAUUGCAGAGACAGUUGACACCACUGAAGAAAUGGAAACAGAUUUGAAAGAAACUGGAGUGGAGAUUUCAUCAAGUCAGACAGUAGCAGAGGUGACUGAAGUCAUCGAGGAAGAAGAGUUAGGUUUCAAAGAAACUGAAGUAGAGAUUUCACCAAGUGAAUCAGUACCUGAGGUGACUGAAAUCACUGAGGAAAAAGAGUCACAUUUAAAAGAAACUGGGGUAGAGAUUUCACAAAGGGAGAUGAUACCAGAGAUGACUGAUGUCAUUGAAGAAAAAGAGUCAGAUUUGAAAGAAAUUGUAGAAGAGAUUACACUAUGUCAGAGCAUAGGAGAGGUGAUAGAAAUCUCUGAGGAAAAAGAAACAGAUUUGAAAAAAACUGAAGAAGAGAUUACACCAUAUCAGAGGAUAGCAGAGAUGAUAGAAACCACUGACAAAAAAGAGUCAGAUUUGAAAGAAACUGGAGAAGAGAUCAUACUCUGUCAGAGGAUAGCAGAGGUGAUUGGAAUCACUGAGGAAAAAGAAACAGAUUUGAAAGAAACUGGAGAAGAGACUACCCCAUGUCAGAGGAUUGCAGAGAUGAUAGAAAUCACUGAGGAAAAAGAGUCAGAUUUGAAAGAAACUGGAGAAGAAAUUACACCAUAUCAAAGGAUAGAGAUGAUUGGAAUCACCGAGGAAAAAGAGUCAGAUUUGAAAGAAACUGGAGAAAUGAUUACACCGUAUCAGACUAUAGAAAUGAUAGAAAUCACUGAGGAAAAUGAGUCAGAUUUGGAAGAAACUGAAGAUGAGAUUAUACCAUAUCAGAGUAUAUCAGAGAUGAUAGAAUUCUCUGAGGAAAGAGAGACAGAUAUGAAAGAAAUUGAAGAGAUUACACCAUUUCAGAUAGCAGAGAUGAUAGAAAUCACUGAGGAAAGAGAGACAGAUAUCAAAGAAACUGAAGAGAUUACACCAUGUCAGAGGAUAGCAGAGGAGAUUGAAAUCGCUGAGGAAACGGAGACAAAUUUAGAAGAAACUACACAAAAAGAAAUACCUCAAAAUGAAAGAGUCUUAAAUGAGGUCAAUACAUUUGGUGAAGUAGAGACAGAUUUGAGGGCAACUGGAAAAGAAAUUUCCCUAACGGAAAAGGCACCGGUGGGGAUCAGUGCCAUAGAGGAAAGGGAGGUUUUUAUGAAAGAAACUGGAAAAGGAGAUAUGUCCCUGCUGGAGAAAAUACCAGGAAAUGGGACUGGCAGUGGGGAAAGGAAGGCAGAUUUUAAAGAAUCUCAAGAGGACAUUUUCUUGAUGAAAAGCAGAUCAGAAGAAAUUGGUGCUGCUGAGGAAAUGGUGGCAGAUUUAAAAACAAUGAGACCUGUAGACGUUUCUCUAAGGGAAAAUAGAACCGAGGAGACUGGUACCUUAAGACAAACUGAGACAGACCUGACACAGGACAAAUGUGGUGACUACAGUGCCAGUCCUUCUCUGAAUGCCAGUAACAUUAGCAGUGAACUUCUUCCCAUGGUACAAACUUCUGUAGAAGUAAAAACAAGUUCUGAAAUGGAAAUGUCAAGUUCAGUGCACUCUUUGCAAAUUUUAGACUGUGAUAUAAUAGAAGAUCAAGGGACGCAGCCUACAGAUACUCAAGAGCAGUUUUCAGAUGUUAAUAUAAGCACAUCACUUCCUGAAGAGCAGAAGCCAGCUGAAGUUAAGCCAGCACCUUUUGUGAGGAGCCGAUUUAAAAGACCAAAACCAAACUUGGCAAGAGCAGCUUUGAAAAGGGAAACCCUGGCAGCAAAAACACCUGUUUUGGGGAAGAAAUUGGAACCUGCUAAAAUGGAGGGUGCUGUGCUGGCGCAGAACACAGUUCUGUCUGACCAGCAGGACGUGUCUCCUCUCACAACAUCAGGAGAGAAAGACGAGUCAUAUCCCAGGGAGGGGGCUGCUGGGGCCCUGCCUUGCGUGCAGUCUGAGCAGGACCCUCUGCCCACAAGUUCUGGUGACUCUAAAGAGGAGGCUGAGUCUACACCAGCCCGGGAAGAGGAUGUCGCUAUUUCUCUGGGAACUCAGAGUACGAGCAGUUUGCAGCAAGAGAUGAAGGAAAGCACAACCCAAAGUGCUGUACCGGUAAGGGGCCGGCUUCAGAGACCCAGACCAAACAUCAGAAAGGCUGGGCAGCGGCAGGUAGCAUCAGGAGUUGAAGCCAGAGACGGGACACUUCAGGAUCAAAGAACAACAUUACAAAAAGAGGAAGCGGAAAAGAAAUUGCUGGAUGCGGCAAAUUCUCAGCUUGGAAUUGAAAUUGAAGUUGUAUCCUCCAAAAUUUCAGAAUGCAGAAUGAAUGAUAUUUUAGAUGAACAGAAAAGUCAUGAGCAUAAAGCAACUGUUCCCAGUCCAGCACCCUUGGUAAGAAGGCAAUUCCAAAAGGCUAAGCCAAAUCUGGGACGAGCACAUGGCAAGAGAGAGGAGCGCUGUCUAGGAAAAGACAGGGCUGGUCAGAGCCAGGCAAAGGAGCCAGAAGAGAAUUGGCUGCAGCAAGGAAAGUCUGACACCCAGCUGCUGGAAAAAGACAAGUCUGAGCUUAAGACGUCUCACGAGAUUUCAGCAAGAAAGGAUUGUAUAGUAGGUUCCGCAGAGCCUGGUUUGAUGAAGAAAGGUGCUCAGUCAGAAGUUAGACCAUCAGCAAGUAUUGGAGAAAAAAGUAUAGGGGAUAAUUCUAUGUCUUCCAUUAUUAAAGAGCAACAUCUCAGUAAACCACCCAGUUGUCCACAGCUCUUAAAAGAGCCAAGUUAUUCUAAAACUGCUUUGGAUCGAAGAACAGCAAGCUCUUCUAUCUCUGAGCAUGAAACAGAUCACAGCGAGAGGAGAACGCACAGAAAGAUCAAAUCAAAUGCUGCUCGAGGGCGCGGAUCAAAACGGGUGCGGAGUAAGGCCCCUAAGAAGGAACCUCGAACUUCAAAAGCCAUGCUGGUGACCCUUCGCGCCUCUCAGGAAGAAGAGGACGACGAUGAUGAUUUGGACCUCGACUAUGAAGAAGAAAGCUACCAUCUUGCUCCCGAAGAAGUGAACAAAGCGCCCGUGUUCGUGCCCAUUGGCCUCAGAUCUCCUGAACCCGUUGCUGCUCAGAUCGAAGAAACAAUGGAAGAGCUUGAAAUAACCAUGGAUGUUCCAGAUGUUGGAUGCAUAACAGUUGUUGAACAGGAGCUUCUAAAUGUAGAAGUAAAUCCUCAGGAAGUGAAACAAGAUGUCAGUGAGAAUAUGCUAACAGUUGAAAUAACCACAAGUGAACAUACCCAAAAUGAAGCAGGUCCCAGUGAAGGAAACACUGAAGCUGCCGUAGCUUUGCUCACAGUGGGAGACGUGCUGCUGCAGUCAGAGAUCAGCAUGGAACAGGGGCAAGUAGGAAUAUGUGUACUUCCUGAUGUUCAGUCAAGGGAUAAAAACCAUAUUCCUUUUAGCCCAGAUCAUGUAAAUCACAGCAUUGUGCACGAAUGCCAGGACCUUUCUUCACCUGUGACUACUAAUUCUCUCCCAUCAUUGAAAGAAAACAAGAUUGUACUGGACGGGCAAAGUACUACAGAAAAAAUUGAAUUAAUGGAGGAAGCAAAAGAAGAAAUUCUUUCAAACAGCAAUACAGCUUCUGAAGUGACCAAUAAUUUGAAAAUGAGACGUAGAUUUGCCAAACCUAAGGUAAAUCUUAAGAAGAUUUUAGGGACCAGUAGUGUUGGUGCUCAUUCUAAUUUGUCUGGAACCAAAGGAGAAGAGGAGGAAAUUCACAGAGAAACUGAGAAAAGCGCUUCUGAUGCGGCAGAAUUAGAAGAGAACCUCGGAGCAGUCGCAGCAACAGAAAACUGGGAGCAAAGCAAAUUGGUGGAUGCGAGUGGUGUCCAGGGGCCCCCGGAGCAUGAAGACCUGACUGAGAGAAAUGAAGAUCAGGAGGCAGAGCACCAGCAGGCUCAGAUACUUUCAGUUGCCCCAGUUGUUUCUGCAGAUCCAAGCAGUUCCCCGCACACACUUGGCUCGAGUGAGGCUCUCGAUGAGAGUCCUAUGGAAACACCACUGGCCCCGGGCUCAGAGGGCUGCAAUGUGCUCACGCUCCACGUGCCAGAGUGUGUAUCAACUAGUAUUCCGGAAAUCCAAGAAGAGAAUGUAAUCGGUUCUCAAGAUCUAACAGUGAAUGUCAUUGCUGCUGAUGGACAACAAGAUAAUGAGGAUGAACACACGUUCAUCUUAACUCUGGUGGAAAUCCCAGCCAAUGAAGUGGAAGAGUUUGCUGACACAACUGCCCAGGUGAUGCCAAACCCUUUACUGCCAGCACCCAUCUUGCUGAAGUCAGUGAAUAAUGAAGAAACGGGUGAUUUGAGUAUGAAUUUCCCAGUAACUUCUAUCAGUCAGGAUGCCAUGUGUUUAUCUGACUCUGGAAGAGAAUCUGAAAAGCCUCCUGCCAACUUGGAUGUAUCAAGGAAGAGAUUUCACUGUAGCCUUGAUGAGAGUGACAGUGUUCCUCCUGCUAAGAAAAGUUCAUUUGAUUCAGUGGAUAAUUGUGAGAAAUAUUCCUCUGAGGUGUGUUCAAAGGAAUUGAUGAAUGUUUUUGAAGAAACAGGGGUAUCACAUAAGGAACAAAACGAUGUUCAUACUUCAGGAAGUAUACCUACCACUCCAAAAUCUCAGAAGAGGCAACUUGAACCUUCCACUCCUCAGAGCAUAGGCUCCAGGUCGCUUGAUAAAAUAAUAGACAGGCAUCUAGAAAAGACUCCACCUCUCUUACCUAAGGACAAAAUGGUCGUUUCUGAUAAGGAAGAAAGGACUUGCUCUGCUUCCAAGUCUGAGCAAAUGCAUAACAGACCUUCAUCUUCAAAGACCUCACUCUCCAGACCUGGCAGAAGACCCUUGGGAUUUUUGUCUUUAAUAUGUUCAAAGAGUAGUUUGGAGUCUGAUGAACCUACUCAGUUUCAUAAAAAGAAGCGCCCCAAGCCUCUUAUACCUGUAUCAAGACAGAAUUUGAAAAGAUCGAACUCAUCCAGUGAAAGGCAGAAAACAAACACAGAGUCCUCUGAUGUGCUUCCAUCUUCAAGUGGUGUCAGUCCUGCAUCUGAGAACCUCAGCAGUUCGGCUGCAGCUUCUCAGGUUUCUUGUGACCAUCCCUUACUGGAAGAAAAAUGUAAAAGUGGCUCAAACCAGACACCUGGGGAGGAGCCAACAACAGUGUCUGAGUAUUUCUUUGGUGAUAUCUUCAUCGAAGUGGAUGAAACACAAUGAAAGCCUUUUUCUUUUUUCUUUGUAAGCCUGAAAUUUCCAGGGUCAAGUCUUUCAUCAAAGCAGUAUUAGAAAAAAGGCAUCAAAAACUUUUCUACUUUCCUUUAGGUUGAUUUUGACUAUUUAAUGAGCUUGGUUUAGAAGCUUUUAUAAUCAGUGAAAAACAUUGGUGAAGUUCUCAUUCUGAUAGAUUGAACCUUUUGGAAGCACCAAGCCAUGAAGACUGGCUUUCUUAGAAAUGGCGACUCUUGUUUACAUUUUUACUCUUCCUGUGCUGAGCACACGUGGACAUUUUAGGAUGUCAUGAGUGAUUGUCUUUAUAAAUCAUAGUGCUAACAUAUUUGGAGGUGGGUUGUGUUUAAGUUUUAAUCAAAACUUCGUAUGUAAGGGUUUUUUUUCUUUCUGUUUUUUUCUGUUUUUUGUUUUGUUUUGUUUUAGUUUUUCUUGACGAUGAAGGUCUUUUUAACUGAUAAAAUGGUAAAUGUUAAAAAAAAUUCUAUUUUCAGCUAUUUGACUAAAAAAAAGUAUUUUUCUAACUCAUUUUGGUGUAAUAUUAGUCCUAAUUGAAAAUCUAGUAUUUAAAACUUAUUUAUAGUGAUAGAACAUCAAAAGGCUUAUUUAUUUUUAAAGUUUUUAUUUAAAAGGAUAUUCAGUUUUAAUUAUAUUCAACCCUCAGAUUUUUGGGUAAAGAAGGCAUUAACAAAUAUGUUUGUCUCCUUUCACUCAUUAAAUUUUAAGAUAUUUAAAGCAAUAUUGCAGAAAUGUUCUGAUAGUGUAUAUGUUUUGAACACAUUUUUUUUUCCAUAGUAUAAUGACUUUGUACUGUGAAUUUUUUUUUUUCCAAUCUCAGGACUUGUAUGGAAAAAAAAGAAAUCUUAACUCCAUUUUAUAAAGCAACUGUCCAUACCAAAUUUAAUUGCUCAUCUGCACACACGUGUGCACGCACAGCGGGGUUUUUUUUUUUUAAUGAAAAAAAAACUAAUUUCUUUUUUUUUUUUCACCCAUUAAAUUUUGCUUGAGGGAUAAUUAGAUUAUUUGUUUUGUUUUGUGAUUUUGGGUCAUACCCCACAUGGGGCUUACGUGCUACUUCCAGCACAUUGCUCUGGGUUGUCUCAGGACUCUGCAGUGCCGGGGAUUGAACCAGGCUUCCAGAUAUGAGACAUAUGCACUGGCCCUUCAGGAUAUCUUCCCUGCCCCAUCAUUUUGAUUCUAUUAAACACAGAUAUAAUUGGGAUGAUAACCAUAAGACUGUUAGUCGUUAUUAUCUGUAUAAAUUUAGAGUUUUUUUAUUUUGAGAUAUUUAUGAUUUACGAAUGCGACCUUAUUAUCCACCUGUGUAAAUCUUUGGUGUUUGACAGUAAAUUUCUCAAAGAGUUAAUUUACUCUUUCAUUUGAUUAAGUCCCCUGGUUUGCAAAACACAGUAGACCAGGAGUCAAACAUUUUCCACAAAGUAUUUUUUGAAUUUGUGGGCCAGAUGGUUUCUGUAGCAAAUCCUCAUCUCUGCUAUUUGUGUGAAAACAGUCACAAUACUUUUUAAAUGAUGCAUAUGACUCUAUUGGGUUUUCAGUUUGACCCUUACAUUAGGCAGUGGUUUUUAUACAUUAAGGUGCUGAUAUCUUGUAUUUAUCACUGAAGUUAGGAGUUUAAAUUGUGCCUAAAAAUUUAAGCUCUGUUGAAUGCAUUAUGAAAUACUAAUCAGUAUUUCAAUUGAGAAAAUAUUUUAAAAUUUAGGUAAUUGUUUAUAUAAAAAAGAUGGGUCAUUCUUCAAAUACAUUGAUAAAAUAGGAUAUGACUCAGCAAGAAUUACAAUGAUCGUAAUUUAUUAAAACAUUGAUAGUAGAGCAUUUCCUUAUGGUAACAUUUACAGUUUAAAGCAUAAAGGUGGAUCUAUAAACCUGAAUGUUUGAAACCUCUCUCUAGGUGUGCAUUUAUUUAUUUCACAUUUUCUAUGUCAGAAAAAUCAUGGUAGUAGAUCACAUUGCUAUUUUAAUGCUUCAUUUUUGACGUUAAAGAAUCAUUCUGAGAAGAUUCCUUUCUCUAAUACUAGUUUGGGUAUGAGAGUGCUACAACCAAGCCAUUCUUUUUUAUCAUCCUUGUAUAAUUUUUUUUAAACUUUGUUUACAUCUGUCUUGUUCAUCUAUAAGGAAUUAAUUUUAUGAAAUAUGUAAUUUCUUUCUGUAUAAAGAAUAAUUUUAUUUUUGGGAUUAAUUGUAUUAAAUCAUGUCAGCUUGCUAUAUUAUCCUACUGUUAAAUCUUUAAAAUUAAUCUUGGGAGAAGAGAAAAUUAGUGUAUUUACUUUGUAAAAAGUGGUAAGACUUACUUAUCUGAAGAAUUCAUGUAAAUUUAUGUAAAUGCUGCAAAAAAUUGUAUUUUAUAAAUCUUAAAGUUGAUAUUAUAGGUCUUUAUUUUUUUCUUGACUUUUCCUUUUGAAUACUAUGUCUUAGCAAGUGAUCAGCUUAAGAAUUUAAAAGCCUAAUUGUUGGGAAAUGAUUGAGGCAUAGAUAAAAAUAUGAGCAUCCACUGUUUACCACUAUGUUAUUUGAAUUAGAAGUGACCAUGUGUAUACUAUCUUGCUUGAAGAAGUCUUUUACAAAAAAAGCAGCAUCUGUCAUUUGUAAAUUUUCUUGUUCUAAAGAAAGCAGUUAUGUCCUAUAAAGUAUGUAAAUAAAAGUUAUUUUAUACUA